UAUGGUGUAUCUAGUUGGUCAGCAUAUUUUAAACGCUUUCUUUAUUUAAAUGUAGUCAAGUUAAAUAUAUGGAUAUGUUGCAAUGAUGAUUCCAGAAAAUAUUUCCUAUUUCGGAAUUAUGAAACAAAUUUAUUGAAAAAUAACUUACUAUAUCAAUAUGAUAUGAAACCCAGAAAUUUGCAAACUAAAAUGGGUUGAAACGUAUAAGUUUGUAGUUCUUUUUGAACAAGCUUACAUGUUUCACAAUUUAAAAUAUAAAUGAUUUGAAGAUUCCUUUGUUAUCAGACAUGGAUUAUUCUUCUGUUUUUUAGUUAAGGCUUUGAUUGCAUCUAACGCUAUCCUAUAUGAAGACUGAAAUUUCCAAACUUAAACUGAGUGAUAAUUCAUCACUCGAGGAGCAAGCAGCUCCUAUUCACUUGACGCUUCCUAUUAACACCGCUAAUAAGUCAAAGCCACUUCAUGAAACCAUCCUUAAUAACUUCAAUAAAACUCAAAGUGGGAAAAUUUACGAGAAGGAUAUCAAGGAUAUUUAUUCAAUGAUGUUAAUAUGUUUAGAUUUAACUGAUCAUUCGAAGUCCAGGUUUCAUAUUUUACAUAAAUACUAUCCAUUUUGCUUUAGUUGUGAGACAGCUUUACAAGUUAUGCAGAAACUUGAUGUUAGUAUCGAACUUUCAACAACCACUACAACGAUUUCAUACAGUAUCAAACCAGAGUUAGGUUUGGUUCUUCUUAAAAAGUUUUAUGCAGCUAAGCUUUUACAUUCACCAGCAGAUAGAACUAGGAAUGAACCAAAGCAUAAUGUUCAAUUACAACCAACUCCUAAAGGUGUUUGCAUUUUACAAGAUUUUUGCAAAAAAAUUGGCAUGAAAAGAACAAAAUAUCCUUUAAUCUUGGACACUAAUUUUAAUUCUAUUGAUUUAUUUAAAUUUGAUAGAGAUCAAGUAACAGAUAAGAUUAUUUACUCUGAAUACUUUUUGCACUUGUUAUUUAUUAAAUUAUUUGGUGAAAAGCCGAAUGUCUGGAGUCCAAAGAAUUUACCAGAUCCUUUACCUUCAAGAGAUGAAGCUGCUGAUUCAGAUACUGGAUUUGAUUUCAAUUUUAAUGCAAGCAAAUAUAAUGGUUUUGCUAGUAUUGUUGCACCUGUUCCAACUGUUCAAAAUGAUUCAAAGGCUCCAAGUACAGUAGAAGAUCCUGGUGUUAGUCCAUUUUUUCAUAUCUUUUUUGCAAAUCCUGAUUCUGAUGCUCAUGUUCAAUAUUAUGUAUCAUCAGUGGGUGUUAGAUUAGUGAAGGAUAAGAUAUUCAGAUCUGAAACAGGUAAAGAUGUUUCCAUUCCGUAUGUGGUAAGUGGAAAGGCAAUCUGUCAAUGGUUAUGUGAUUGUACUGAUGUUAUGUCUUUAAAACAUGCUAAGGAAAUAGCUUCAUUAAUUUUAAAGGCUAAGUUAAUUAAAGCCUUAGUUUGGCCACCUUCAAAAUCUGAUAUAUCAAAAUUCCACGCUGAUCGUGAAUGUUAUUAUACUUUGACUAACUUUGGAGAAGAAGUUUGUCAUUGGAAUAAUCCAAGUAAAAAGAUUCAUAAUUUACAUUCACCAAACUUAAGCAACCAAAUAAGCAAACUUGGCCUUGAAUUAUCUUGGAAUACCUCACUUGAAUCGAGUAAUGUUAAAGAUUCAAAAAUGUCACUUGAAGUGAUACUUAAUGAUCCUGGAAUGAGAUAUUUGUUUAAGAAGCAUUUAGAGAAGGAAUUCUGUUCUGAAAAUUUGGAUGCUUAUUUGCAGCUUAAAUUAUAUGAUAGACAGUUAGGUUGUUUGAGAAAGCUUUUAGAAGCAAACAAAGGUUCAAAUAGUCAUAGUAUCAGUUUGAAAUUGAUUAAAAUUGCUAAUGUUACCUUGUCGUUAGCAUAUCAUAUUUAUUUCACUUAUUUAUCUUCCGAAGCUCCUUUUGUUUUGAACAUUGAUUAUAAUUUGAGAGUUAAAAUAACUAGUGUUUUGAUUAAACCAGAUGCUGCUCUUUCACCCAUUGAUGCAUAUAGGGACUAUUUGAAGACUCCAACUACUACAACUUUUGGCAGAGAAAGUUCACCCAAAUUGAUUCAGGAAUUAGCUCCAGCGCCAGUGAUAUUAGAAGUUGAAGAAACUGAAAAAGCAAAAGAUAUAGCUUUUGAAACAUGGGAAUCAGAUUCAAGUUCUGAUAAAAUCACUAGUCAAAAUAUUUACUAUGAUCCAACCAAUAGAAAUUCAACAUCUAGUGAUGUUGAUAUGGAAUUAACAUUAACUAGUUUACAAAAGAUAUCUACCAUAUUUCAUGAAAUCUCAAAGCAUAUUUACAGACUUAUGGAAGUUGAUUCACUUCCUAAAUUCUUAAGUAGUUCUAUGUAUACUGAUACAUUCAUUAAUCCGUAAAUAUUCAUCUUAUGUUAUGAACAAAUAUAUAUAUAUAUUAGAAAUAUG